AUGAGCCCAUCCCGAAUUUUGGAGCGACUGGCCGCGCUCGACACCAACACCGUAUCCGAUGCAUUGGAUUUUCUACAGCUAAAAGGAGCGACAUAUGGUCUGCGUCCUCUCUGGGACUGCCCCAAGAUCGUAGGGCUCGCCAGUACCGUGAAAGUGGGCGUCAAGCAGGAUACGACGGCCACGGCCCAUCUGCUCACCCCAGUCAUUGAUGCUGUGACGACAGAUGAUCGCGUCCUGGUCAUCGCAGGCGGGACGGACGGGAUCUCGUGCUGGGGAGAUAUUGUCGCCAAUGCCUCCCGAGUGAAGAAGAUCCGUGGAACCAUCAUCGACGGGAUGAGUCGGGACAUCGAUGGCAGCCGCGACGUCGGAUAUCCCGUUUACGGCCGAGGUGUGACUAUGGUCAGUGCACGUAAUCGGCUGGUGCAGAUAAAUUCGGGAACGCCCCUGCAGGUACAAGGCGUCACUGUUCACGAAGACGACUAUGUGGUUGCCGAUCGAUGUGGGACCGUCUUCGUCCCUGCCCAGCGCAUUGAGGAGGUGCUGGCAUUGGGAGAGCGGAUCGAUCAGCGCCAGGCGCUGAUGGUACAGGACGUUCGAGCGGGCAAGCCAGUGUCGGAGGUCAUGCAUGACUCCAAAUUCGAAGCCAUUCGGCAGGACACAUCGACCCCAGUCGCCACAGAAACAACAUCCUCUUCCAGUCGGAGUCCGAAGAGAGCAGCGGUCGAGGACCAAGAGAUGUGUGCUCUGUUUGCCAACGCAGAUACCCCUGUGGUUUCCGAUGCCCUUGAUAAGCUCGGCAUCAACGGACAAGUCUUCAACGUCAUGCCCUUGGCCAAUUAUCAAAAGGUGACUGUUGGACCGGCCUUCACGGUGCGCUAUGUUCCCGCCAGCGACCCACCUGGAAGUGUUGGAGAUUUCAUCGACGACAUUGCCGAGGGCGAUGUGGUAGUCAUCGAUAAUGGUGGCCGAACAGAUUGCACUGUCUGGGGAGAUAUCAUGACUCAGUAUGCGGGCUUGCGAGCCAUUGCGGGAACAGUGAUUGACGGCGUGUGCCGUGACGUGAGCCGUGCGAUCAACGAUGACUACCCGCUCUUCACCGCAGGACGCUGGAUGCGAACUGGAAAAGAUCGAGUCCAAGUCGGGGGUGUCAACGAGUCCAUCGGCGUUGGCAAGGUGCGUGUACAACCGCGGGACAUUGUUGUUGCCGAUGCCAACGGCGUGGUCAUCGUACCACGGGAGCGAGCCCACGAGGUAGCGGCAGUCGCCCGAAAGAUCGAGCAAACGGAAGCCGACAUCCGAGAAUUGAUCGCCGGAGGAGCUUCCAUUGCAGACGCCAGAAAAUCACUUGGUUACCAUACCCUACAGCGGAAGGAAUGA